AUGGCAACAAUCGUCCCUACAAAAUCAAAUCAAAGGCAAACAGUCUAUCGAGUCGCCUCUAGUCCCACGAAUGAUGCGAUCAACGAGAUCGGCCACUUCAUCUUUCACUAUCCGCUAACGAUGGCCUUGCGACGAAAUCCUCAGUAUCGAGAGUCACGACCACACCUUCACGCCCCAGCAAGCUUACGAGGCGAGGACCUCUUGGAUGGAGCACUUGCCGGACAUCAAAAAAUAACUGCCCCGCCAUAUAUUUUCGAGAAAGCAGGUCAGAGCAUGACCAUGAUAAUGCAUCUUGGCGGGGAUGUCUGCAGCUACUCAGGGAUCGUUCAAGGGGGGCUACUACCCACUAUACCAGACGAGUGCCUAGUACGCUAUUGCUGCCCGGCAUUUGACAAAAAGGUUGGCGUGACGGCAAAUCUUAGCGUCGAUUACCGGAGUCCAGCGAAGGCAAAUUCGUUCUAUGUUCUGAAGGCGGAUGUGACGGAGUUCCAGGGCCGCAAGGCCUGGGCAAAAGGUUGUAUCGAGACUUUGCCUGUUGCUAGUUAG